GAUACUAAGUUAUCCCAGUAUUGCUUUCAAUGGAAGAAGACUUGUCCUGUUGUUCUGCUUCUUCUUCUUCUUCUUAUCCUCCUUCCACUCCUUCCACUUCCAACAAUUCGUCCUCUGCCCAUGGCGGCGGCGACAAACACAAGUCGAUUCAGAUGGUACCCAGAUCGGUCUCCGACAGGCUUCUCGACAAGUUCUUCGAUGUGACCGAAUUCGGGUUCGAUUACGAGCAGAGCGGGUUGUGGUCUCCACCGGUGAAGCGAAGUGUGUUCAUGAAUUCCCCCGGUGGGAGGAUAUUCAAUGAAGAAGAGAUGCUCCACAAGCUUAGGAGCGUGAUGGAUGCUCGCAGUUCCAGCAGCAGGAGAUACAAGGCUUGUUUCAACGUGGUUUGGUGCUGUUGAGUUGAGUGACAGAAAAUGAAUGAACUCCCUUCCCUGGCUAUCCAGAAAUGGGGAAAUCUCUCAUUUUCCUGUUGUAAUUCCUUCCUUCCUUCCUUCUGCUCCAUUGUUUGGCGUCUUUGGAAUUAUCAUGACAUUGUAAAUAUGCAGUACUGUACUGUACUGUACUGCUAAUCUUGUGAAUAUACAUAGUGGCUUUGUUAUACAGAAAGCCAUUGCAAUUGCAGCAAUGAUUUAAAUCUAAUGCGUACUGAUGAAUGUUUUUAAUUUCGCAUUACAGCUAGCUAUCAUCACACACCAAUAUCUUGGGAUUGCAGUUAGAACAACAGCUAGUUGCCUGAUUUUUCUGCAUUUACUGCUUACAGUCGUUCACCUAAAUUGCAGAACAGGCAACUAACUAACUAGUUCUAUUACACUUGUCUAUAUUGCAUAUAUGGAGUAACAGUGAAGACCCUACGUCAUAAAUUUACAAUUUUUUUGUUUUUUUUUUAUGUCAGUUGAAAAGAUAAAUAUAUCGUAAGGGAAAAAGUUGCAUCACAAGAGCUCCAGUGGAGUAUAUAUAUGAACUGAAAAGUGGGUUCACAAACUAUGCCCAUCCCAUUGACCCCACACACAAGGAGAGAAGGGUGAAAAAUCGACCAAUUGGGGGUUGUUUAAUUUGUUUGGAAAUUGCAUAAAAAUGCUAGAAGCUCGAACUAAUCCGUCAUGUCGUUUACUCACGUUUGUUCAGUCAUCAUACUAGUGCACUAUUUUUCUUUUGUAUACAACGUCUAAAUGUCAAUCUAAUAACUAUAUAAAUAAGCGAACGUGUGGCAGAACAACAUCAUUGGCUAUCUUGAUACGAUUAAUGCUGAUAGAUAACGAAUAACAAAGGUAUCAUGAUCCA